AUGGAAUCUCAGGCUCAAAAAACUCCCAGUUCAACCACUGACAUCAGCGCAGGUGAUACUGCCCAGAUUUCCUUUGUUUCUCACAACCCUUCUGCACCUAUUACCAUCCUCUUCAUACGCGGAGCCUUUGGGAGCCAUGCGGACUGGGACAAGGUGGUUUCACACAUGCCACCAACCUAUCAUCUCCUUAUUCCCAGUCUACACGUUGACUCGAAAGGGCAACCCCGCACUUUUGACCUAUGCAUUAUAACGACCCUCCUUUCUCUGCUAGUCUCGACACACGCCAAGUCUGGCAAAGCGCACGUCGUUGGCCUUAGCCUGGGCGCACAUGUCUCAGCUGGGUUCGCCGCGUCCUACCCGGGUCUCACGCUCUCCCUGUUCACUUCAGGUUUCGCUCCACUGAUCAACCGACGUGCAUGGUACUACCCUCUCGUCCCAUAUAUAUUGAUGACAGAUGUGGUACUCUUGAAACUUACUCCCCGGUGGCUUGUGGCAAAAAUGAUGGAUGGCUAUGCUCCUGAGCCCGACUCACAGACGUCGCACGAAGGCAAGAGGGACAUCCAGGCCUCGCGCGAUGUUGCGGACGCUGUCUGUACAAGCAUGGAAACACAAGGACCUGUUACAACACGAGUGCUCGUCGUUGUCGCCGGAAAAGGGGGCUUGUUGCCAACAAGCGAUAGCGUCGAAUCUGCGAAGUGGUUCGUGGAGAGAAUGAAAGGUGUAGAAGGGCAGGGAGUCGGAGAUCCGGCAGGAGCAACGACGAUGACGCUAGUCAAGGCGCCGAAUAUGCGACACGGAUGGAGCGUCAUUUGCCCGGAAGCUUUUGCGCGUUCCGUUUGUUUAUGGGUGGAUCAAGGAGAGUUGGACGAAGGGUUUGAAUUAAUGUGA